AUGAUGAUGAAGUGUGUACGACAGCUGUCUGAGAUAUUGGCGUCCGAAGAGGCUUCUACUAUUAAUACUAGUAGUACGUGUAAGGCUUCGUUGGAAGAGUGGAACGCAGAGUUGGAAAAGGUGCUUUUUGCGGAUCCUGAUGAAGACAAAGUCACAUCAGGAGACAAGGAGGACUCAGACAAAGAGGAGAUAGAAGUAUCGGCAGACGAAGCCAAAGCCGAGAUUGAUGACGUGACCCGGAAACUGCGAGAUGCGUUUGUCCUCGCCUUGGCCAAGUCUCUUGGUACUGAAAGUACUGAAGAGACGGUCUGUGACCACUUAGCCUUGAUCAGUACUAGUACUGAGAAAGACGGCAAUACUAGUGCAGACAUUAGUAUUGUCAUUGUGGAUGUCACUAGUUGGGCCUGGCUGGAAUGUGUGGUUCGAACGAUCAGUGUGUUUCUGAGGUGGUAUCUCCAACGGUUUCUACAAAAGUACCCGUUGGUCUAUCCCAUGUCGAGUGCUCCCUUCCAGUCCUUGUCCAUGCUCACCAUGAUUCUGUUCUUGAUUGAACACAAUGCAAAUAAUAUCGAGGAAGAUCAUGACGACAAUAGCCACGGCGUUGUUGAGAGAAGAUCCUCGGAGAAGGAAUCGUCGUCUUGGCUCAUUUUGGUGGUGGUUUCUUUGUCUGUGUGAUAACAGAGGAUAUCGAAUGAAUGGAAAAUGAGGUCCUUUAUCGUGCACUGUUCUCGAUUGACACGGUUGAUGGCUCAAAAAGCGGUCCAGGGUCCAGAUCCAAAAAGAUUGCUGCGAAGCUUGCAUUAACCAGCUUAGGCACGGGCUCAGACGUGUGGCAAAUCACGAUUGGGAGCUUGCCACAUGCUUCACCUUCUAUUUAGAUAUGCAGUCAAAAAUUAAGAUUCGAUUCUGGCAGGUAGCAGAUACUAGUAAAGGGUAUCACCUUCUAUUUAGAUACUACAUUAGCUACCGUACUCUACUAGCCCGGUAGCAGCUCCAGACGCUCCAAUGAUUGCAGAAUCGAAUCUGUCUUUGAGGGUGGUUUAGAGAGUACAGUAGAACAGAGUAGUGUGAAAGAUGGACGGAAACAGGAAACAGAACAGGCGACAUCAGGAUCUAUCUAUAUUGUCCACUAACUAAACACAAUAUCCCUAUCGGUAGCUACUCUUGUGUCC